AUGAGAGAGACCUCGACGAGUGAUCAUCUUUCAUGGUCGCAUCUUCUUCUCUUCUCUUCGAUUUGUCUACAGUUCGUCUUAGGUGUUUCUGGUGAUUCAAAGAGUUCUAGUGCUGGAGCAAAAGCUGAAUCUCAUACAUCUUCAAGCACAAAAGUGAUCCUCAUAGUACUCGGUUUCGGAGCUGUGGCGGGAUUCUCGUUCUUUCUAUACAAACUGUGGCAGAAGAAGAAAAGAGAUGAGCAAUAUGCUCGGCUUUUAAAACUUUUCGAGGAAGAUGAUGAAUUGGAGGUUGAAUUAGGCCUUCGUGAUUAA